CCCGCCGUCUGCUACGCACUCUGCAACAAUUGCUAUAUCGAAGCGCAAAAAGUCGGCAAGUCUCCCGCGCUCUGCUCUUCCGGCUCCGCGUUCGAAUCCGAACUCAGCGCCUGCGAAAGCUGCGUGCAAGCAAACGGCGACUCCACAAAAGCCACCCUCCAAACCUAUGUGUCCCCUGAGUUCGCACCUUUCAUCACCUUCUGCAAUGCGCAGCCGCCAGCGCAGCCGAUUGUAGAGAGUACGUCCAUUCAAGUCAACACGCCACCGGCAGUGACGCACAGUGUCGUUGUCGCGACAGAACAAGCACCCACUCCGACGAUCAGUGUUGGGGUUACGCGCACCAACACACCGACGCCCUCUCCUUCUCCUGCCACUCCUCCUUCGAGCCCGUCAAGCACAAACUCGCAGCCCUUCUCUCAAACGAGCACGAAUCUUGGCGCGUCGACGAGCGCGCCGUCGCAGAUCCCGCCGGGGUCUAAUGCGGGGAAUCACUUGAACCCUUCGAUGGCUUUCGCGGGAUUCAUUGCGGGGAUGUUGGCUCUAGCCCUCGCCCUUUGA